AUGUUUUUCUCAUUUUUUGUUUUUUCUUAUGGUGUUCUAGGGUCUGAUGAAGAGGCUCCCCAAGUAAGACUCUCUCCCAUAUGCUUUAAUAAGCUGAAGUCCUUAAAACUGAAAUUGGGAGUUGAUGAAGAUCAUAUGCAAGUUAUGAUACAAUUGCUCAAGUAUUCUCCUCAUCUGGAGGUUCUAAAAUUGUGCUGCGAUGAGAUCCGUCAUUGUUGGCAGAUGCAUGAUCCUGAAGAAAGCAUUGUGUGCUUGGACUCUCAUCUAAAGUCGAUUCAGUUGAUUGGUUUCAAAGAAGAAGAAAACGAGAUAGAACUACAAAGGUUUUUUCUGAAGAAUGCACAGGUAUUGGAAAAACUUACGAUUGUUUGGGCCGGUUAUGCUCUGAAAUCAGAAGAGGCAUCGAAGAAGGUUUUGAAUAUUCCUAGAACUUCUUCACAAGUUCUUCUGACAUUUCACGAUGCCAAACUCAAACGAAAGUCUGAUAACUGGUUGGAUUAUUGUUAA